AUGGUUGUUCUCACAAUCCUUUUGUUCAUACUAGUCACUCUUUUAUUCAAACUCUUAUAUGAAAACCUUUCAUGUUACUUUCUCACUCCACUUAGAAUAAAAAAAAUGAUGGAGAUGCAAGGCGUCCGCGGCCCGAAACCUCGGUUCUUCACCGGAAACAUCCUCGACAUGGCUUCCCUUGUUUCCAAAUCAACCUCACAAGACAUGAAAACUAUAAGCCACGACAUUGUCGGCCGUCUUCUCCCUCAUUUUCUCCUCUGGUCAUCCCAGUUCGGAAAGAGAUAUAUCUAUUGGAACGGUUCGGAGCCAAGGUUGUGUUUGACAGAAACAGAAUUGAUAAAAGAGUUUCUUUCAAAAUACAGUACAGUGUCUGGUAAAUCAUGGUUACAAAAACAGGGUUCAAAACAUUUCAUUGGAGAUGGAGUUUUGAUGGCAAAUGGUGAAAAUUGGUAUCACCAACGUCACAUUGUUGCCCCUGCAUUCAUCGGCGACAGACUUAAGAGCUAUGCAGGGCAUAUGGUGGAAUGCACAAAAGAGAUGUUAGAAUCACUAGAAAAAGGUUUAGAGUGUGGAGAAAGUGAGGUGGAGAUUGGUGAAUACAUGACAAAGCUUACCGCAGAUAUUAUUUCUAGGACUGAGUUUGGUACAAGUUACCAAAAGGGAAAGAAAAUAUUCCAUCUACUGACAGUUUUGCAGACUCGUUGUGCUCAAGCAAGUCGCCAUCUUUGCUUUCCUGGUAGCAGAUUUUUUCCAAGCAAGUACAAUAGAGAAAUAAAGUCAUUGAAAAUGGAAGUGGAGAAACUAUUGAUGGAAAUAAUACAAAGUAGAAAAGAUUGUGUUGAGAUUGGAAGAAGCAAUUCUUAUGGGAAUGACUUAUUGGGAAUACUAUUGAAUGAAAUGAAAAAAAAGGAAAAUAGCUUAAAUUUGCAACUAGUAAUGGAUGAAUGCAAAACAUUUUUCUUUUCUGGACAUGAAACAACAGCAUUGUUACUCACUUGGACAGUUAUGUUACUAGCAAGUAAUCCUACUUGGCAAGAAAAGGUUAGAGAUGAAGUUAAAAGGGUUUGCAAUGGUGGAAUUCCUUCUCUUGAUCAACUCUCCAAGCUCACUAUGUUACAUAUGGUAAUCAACGAGUCAUUGAGGUUGUAUCCUCCAGCAUCUGUUCUUCCAAGAAUGGCUUUUGAGGAUAUAAUAUUGGGUGACCUUUAUAUCCCUAAAGGGUUAUCAAUUUGGAUUCCUGUUUUGGCUAUUCAUCAUAAUGAAAAAUUAUGGGGUAAAGAUGCAAAUGAAUUCAAUCCAGAAAGGUUUACUUCAAAAUCAUUCAUUCCUAGCCGUUUUUUACCCUUUGCUUUUGGCCCUAGAAAUUGUGUUGGACAAACAUUUGCUCUAAUGGAAGCUAAAAUUAUAUUAGCUAUGUUAAUCUCUCGAUUUAGUUUCACAAUUUCAGAUAAUUAUCGUCAUGCGCCUGUGGUAGUGCUCACAAUUAAGCCUAAAUAUGGUGUUCAAGUUUGUUUAAAGCCAUUGGAGUCGUGA